UUGGCGGCAUUUACAUCAAUCCUUCAUAGUUUUCAAGACAGCGUUAAAUGUGCAUUGCUUGUUGUGUAGCUGUUUACCGUAUUGAUUGACAAUUUAGCUCACCAUUUUUGUUGCCGUGUGGUUCGGGCUGUUCGUAAAAAAACAAUGAAUCCUAAGAAACGUAAAGAAGACGAGGAGGACAAUUCUGAUAUAAAAGAAUCAUUUCAAAAUAAAAUUAAUGAAAGUGAAGCCGCAGAUAUUAAUGCGUCCAAUUCCGGAAGCAGUGAAUGUGGGAAUUCAACGGAUCAACAAAAAUCAGACAAUGGCGGUUCAUCGGAACAGCCUGGUACUAGUGAGAAAGUUUCUGAUGAACAACAACCCAAUGAUGCUGCUAAUCAAUCGUCUGACCAACGUGAAAAGAAACAUAUUCGCUUAGAGGGCUCUAAAACUGCUGGAGUGCUACUCUUUUGUGGAGGUACAAAUUGGGAUCUCAUUGGUCGCAAAGAAUUGCCUAAAAAUGCUAAAGGAGCUGUUGGUAGAAAUUUGUGGGGACCUCAUCGGAUGACUUCUCUUCAAGGUGUCAGAGUAACAGCGGUCUUUUCUGGUAGUUGUGCUGUUCAUAGUGUUAUAAUCAUUGAAGGAGGGCAAGCUAUGACAUGGGGUCGAAAUGACAAAGGCCAGCUUGGUCAUUGUGAUAAUAAAAGAAGAGAUAUUCCUACCAUUGUUGAGACAUUGAAAGAUCAUAAUAUUAUUUCUGCAGCUUGUGGCCGUGCACAUACUUUAUUUCUAUCUGAAAGAGGCAUUGUUUAUGCUACUGGUGACAACAAAAUGGGUCAGUGUGGCAUAGGAUCCCAAAAUACUGCUAUUAAUAUUCCAACAAAGGUGUCUUUUAAAGGGAGGUCUAUUACCAAAGUAGCUUGUGGCGCUGAAUUCAGUGUUAUAGUUGAUGUCAAAGGCGGAAUGUAUAGCUUUGGCUGCCCUGAAUACGGACAGUUAGGUCACAACUCUGAUGGCAGAUAUUUUGUUACUAGCAACAAAUUGUCUUUCAGAUGUGAAUUAAUACCUAGACGAAUUAUAGCUUUCAUUGAAAAAACAAGAGAAGGACAUGUAUCGUUAGUUGAUGAUGUACAAAUAACUGGUGUGGCUUGUGGUGUGAAUCAUACUGUUGCUGUAGACGCCAAAAAGCGUUGUUACUCUUUUGGUUUUGGUGGUUAUGGAAGACUUGGUCAUUCUGAUCCAAAGGAUGAAAUGGUUCCUAGAUUGAUCAAGGCCUUUGAUGGUCCUAGAAAUGUGAGAGGUGUGAAAAAAGUUUUCGCUGGUGGUACUUACAGUAUGGCAAUUAAUGAACUUGAUGUGUUAUUUUUUUGGGGGCAAAACAAAAGAGCUGGUGAAGCAACUAUGUAUCCUAAGCCUGUGCAAGAUCUUGUUGGUUGGCAAGUUCGAGAUGUUGGAUGUUCCAAUUGUAGUAUUGUGUGUGUUGCUGAUGAAAGUGUGAUUUCUUGGGGACCAUCACCAACUUAUGGUGAACUGGGGUAUGGAGAAUCGAGGCCAAAAUCUUCUACAACUCCCCAAGAAGUAAAGCCUUUAGAUGGAAUACAUAUUCAUAGUGUUGCUUGUGGAUAUGGCCACACAUUAUUUAUUUCUCGUGAUGACACAGAAGAAGAAAAGAAUAAAAUCAGUCAAUUACCUGAAUAUGCACCAUGAUACAUUUUAGUGAAUCAUUUUCUGUGUAUGAUAUAUGGUGGAUGCAGUUUUUACAAAAUCCUUUUACUCAUGGAAGGUGUUUAGGUUUUUGACAUUUUAAAACUGAUUUUUAUUUCAUUAUACAUUAAAUUAUUCAAAAGUAAACUUUUACUUGUAUUAGCAUUUAAAAAUCCUUAAAAAGCUUUAUUUCAUCUUAUUUAUUUGCACUUUGGAUUUUUUCCCCCUUACGUACACAUUACAGAUUUUAAAAAAAUCAUUGUGGUUUCAAAGCAAAAAAAAAAAAAAAAAAACUUUCUUAUUUCUAAAAGUGAUCUGGCAAUGGCCAUUGCAGAAAUCUUUUUGUAUAUGUGAAUUUAUAAUAAACUGACUGGCCAUUGUGAUUUAAAGUCUUAUUCUGUAUAUUUUGAAUUCCUUGUUUUUUGUGUAAAGAAAUGCAGAAAAGGUUUUGUAUAAGAACCGUAUUAAAAUGAUGUUUGUGUUUUGAAAAAUGUGAUAGCCGGAUUUUUCUGCUUUUUAUAUGUUAUACAUUCCUUUUUCAAUUUGUGCAAGGACAAACUGAAUUCAUCAAACUGUUUUUAGGUAACCAUUUUUGUAAAUGAUGUAUUACUUUUUUUAUUUAGUAAUUAACUUUAAAAUAUUUUUUGUGUAUAUUUGUUUAAAAUAAGACUUUUUGUGAGUAAAUAUGGAAAUCAUCUAUAUCAAAUGAAUUCUAAAUCUGUGAUUUAGAAAUACUAAUUUUUACAUAUGCAUUCAGUUUAAUUUUAUUGGCUAUUCAUCCCUCAGUCUAAAGAAAUUAUAUAUCAUGUUUUUGUUUUUGAUUGAUUAUAGAUACAUUCUUACAGUAUAGUUUUUGUGACAGAUUAGUUUGUUAGUAUGAGGAAAGUAUUGCUUGAAAUCGGAUUUAAAAGAUGAAUUUUAUAAGACAUUAAAAUAUGCCAAAAUAGUUGAAUGUGAAUUAACCAAUAACUUUGCAUUCUGAAAGUAAAUUCUUUUAACAACAUUAAUUCAUCAAGUUUUCAACAGGGCUCUUCUUCAGCAAUCAAAAUAAUUUUAAUGGUGCUCAUUGAAUUGUAAUUUUUUAAGCUUAUGUAACAUAAGAUUUUUCAAAUCAAACAUUAACAUACUAAAGUCUUUUCUUCCAAUUAUUAAUACUUAAGUGUAUAACAAUAUUUAUCUGCUGGAUUUAAUGUGUAGUAUAAGCAUAUUUGUGAUGAAUACGCAAUUAUAAUUUCUUAAGAGACGUUUAAUAAUGAAUAAAUAGAAUGUCUUUGUCUUAUUUUUUCUGUAUAAAAAUUUAGUUUGUGAUCUUGUUCAUACUUUAGCUUUCUCCUUUGCUAUGACCAUGUUUAAAAAGAAAAAAAAGCUGGGUGCCUUUAAAGAAUCACAUUGAAAUUAUUUGAAAAUUUAUUUCCAAUAUGCUGCAAAUUUCUCAGGGAAACAGAAAUAUGACUGGGAGGUUAUUGAGUUUAACUGGUGAUUAAAAAAGUUAAAAUAAAAGGUAUCUGUAAAAAUAUUCUUCACUGCGUUUGACGCGAAAGCUUGUGUGGAUUGUAUUUUAUUUAAACACUAAAAUACAUUGAAGAAAUGUAUGAAGUUUAUUAACUAUCAUCUUUUAAACUAGAAUUUUGCAGACCGUUUUUCUAUUAUUCCCCCCCCCCUUCCCAAUUUUUAAAAAUUCUAAAUUUAAAUUGGGAAUUUCCAAUUUUUGUGAUGCAUUUUUCUUGACAUCUUUGUCGGAUUUACAUUCCAAAUUUUAAUAAAAGUGAUGCGCGUGCAUUCAUGGCAACAGCAUGAAUUUGAACGAAUGCAAUUUCUUAGUUUUAGACAUUGAAAGGAAAUCAACAUGAAGCUCUGAAUACUUAUCUAAAGCAUUAUUGGUGCCUAGUGUUAGGUCUCAGCUUCAGGACCGGAGAAUUCCUGGUUCGUGACCCGAUUCUACUAAGGAUCCUCCUUGUAUUUGGGUCUGGUGUACGUUAAAUCUGAUCAUGGGGCAAAGAUCCUCCUCGCUGGCAUGGUGUGGCAAUUUUGAGAGCUGGGUGCUAGCUCGGAUGUCGUUCUCGUUAUCGGACCGUUGUUCAAAAUUACGAGGGUCGUCCCAACAUAGCUCUCGUGUUGCUUCGAAACAGAGCUUAUGUGCAACUAAAUUAAAGCAUCGGCAACUGUAAUUCAUGAGCUGGUAAGAGGUUGAAAUACAAACAAAUUAUAUGAAUUUGGAUUAUUUGUCAUUCACCAGAAAUAAGUGAAAUAAAGUAUUGCUUAAUGGUAUUUAACUUUAAAAUGGUUUCUUAUAUGUAUAUUUAGAAAAGUGAAAUACUAAAUAAGGCAUUAAUCCAGUAUAUACUGGAAGAAAAUAAUUUAUUUAAAAUUAUUUUCGAUGUCAUUAUUGCCUAGUACUUAUUGAAUUCGAUAUAAUCACUUAUUGUCUGGUUUUGCCGUCUCACGGCAAAUGCCAUAAUUUUAGAAACUGAAUUAGAUUUAUUUUCCUAAUUGUGAAAUUGACAUUAUGCAUGUUAAUGUUUUAAUUGCUACUAAAAGUCUUGCAAAAAUAAUUACUUUUAUGAUAUUUCUCUUUAAUUUUCUUUAGCACAGUAUUGCUCCAGAUUUUCGCAGCUCAGGGAGUUGGUAGUUUAAAAUUUUUAUUUUAUUUUCAUCUCAGAAUUCAGUUACUCUGAUGCUUUGAAAGUAAAAAUUUGUAAAUAUUCUUUAAACGAAUCCCUUUGGUGGUUUGUUAUUUUUGUUGUAAUUUAUUUUCAUCUUCAUUGUACCACUGAAAACUGCAAUGAAAAUUUAAAAUGUAGUUAGUAAACAGUUGUCAAGUUACCAGCUGAAUAUUUCUCUUAUAUGUGUACUGUAUGUGUAUUUACAUUCCAUUCAGAUUUUUUAAGUCCAUUGUUAUAAAUCAAGAAGAGCAUAACUCUUCUGUUUCCUUUGCAUUCAAAUGAUGUCAUAUUCAUUAUUAUUUGGGCAAUGUAACCGUUUAUAUGAUUGGAGAAGAAAAGUGACUUAAGUAUUUAAGGAAUGAUUUUAAACUUUAAAGUACUUAAUGUCUUUCUGGAAAUUGCUACAGUCUCUUUUAUUGUUGUGUAAACAUACUUUUCUUUUCUUUAUAUAUAUAUAUAUAUGUGUGUGUGAAGCAAACUUUAGUUCUACUCUCGGAUCAUCAUCAUUAUUGAGGCUAUUGUUGAUUUGUUAUAAUUUACUUAUAUAUAAUGAGUGUGCAUGCAUAUACUGGUGUCCAAAAAUGAAGCAUAAUUGCUAUAUAAGUGCAUAAUGUGGGAAAUCUUAAGUCAAAAUAACAGAAAACGUGGUAUGCAAGUUUAAGAGUAUUAUAAAAUAAGAAAAUGAUAUGAUUGAACGACAAUAAUUAAUCUUAUUAUCCGAAGAAAUAAAGAAAAUUAGAAAAGAAAUAAAGAAAAUUAGAAAUAAGAAAUCACACUUCAGUGGGGGAGGGGAAAUAAGCAUAAUAAAUAUUGAUAUUGCAGUUUAAUAAAUUGUAUGGUCACUUAGGAAAACCGUCACCCACCGUCAUGAACUUUUCAUUUCAGAAGCGGAGCUUUCUGAGUGCGGGACUGUAAGCUGUCUCUUUAACAUAUCCUGCACAUGCUUGUUAGGAUUCGAUCAGAUGAGGCCAUAGCAUGAGUUGCAUAUUUUCGAGAAAGUCAUUGACCAGGCCUGCACGGUGAGAAGACGCGUUAUCAUCCAUAAAUAUGGAGUCGUGAGCGAUAGUUUUUUUGAAACAGGUGAAUAUAAGGCUUAAGAGCAACGCCUCUAUUUUCCGCAUGAAGACGUGGACAGAAAAGUUACGCAUACAGAUACAGUUUUACUUUCAAAAAUGGUUUUUCUCAAGAUAUUUUGAACGACGAUCCAUUAGUAUUUACUCACAUUUUACAAAUUAUGCUUAACCUCGGAUACCAGUGUGUGUGUGUCAUAUAUAUAUAUAUAUAUAAUAUGUGAUUUCAUAGCAUUUUUGAGGUACUUUCUCAAUAUUCCUUCAAUAAUGUUCAUUGCUGCUUAAGUGUUUCAAUAUACUUUAGGAUGUUAUACAGUAUAAUGCGCACAUAAUUUAAUCACUGGAUUUUGUUUUCAUUUUAAACACAAUUUACAUUAUUAGCACCAAUGAUUUUCAUACAUUUGUUUU